GUACCAUUCUUAUCCUCGUGCUACGGACGAAGAAACCCGAGGCAGAAACUUUAAGCCGAAGGAUUGGAUUCAGGGGCUCUGGUGCUUGCAAAGUUGUUGGAAAGGUGACAGGAGGGAAGUCCUUGUCCUACUACUCCAGGCCGAGGUCCAGAGGCUGGGAAACUACAGGAAGCCAGCUCGGAGGUGAGGGAGGCAGGUGGUUCUGGGUCCAGCACUCGGAGCACGAAGCAGCCUCCACCGCGGUGGGAGGGAGGACGGCCCUGCCUCACUUUGGCCAGUCCAACGAAUUGCAGCUGCAUCCAGAGCCCUCUGGGCAGGGGAAGCCCGGAAAUGUGAUUUCCAGACUUUCAGGCCCUGCAGUAGGGGAGAGGGCACAGAGGAGGGAUGGAAGAGUCCUCACUGCUGUAGACUGUAUCCAGCCUAGGGGCCUUGCAAGCUGCAAGAAACAGGAUGUCCUAACGCCCCCAGGGGCAGACGAGGUCGGCACUCUGAGCAUUAACCUUUGCACAGAGAACUUGGGCCACAUGAACUGCACAUACUCUGCUAACCUCUAGCCCCUUCAUUACUUAGGGGUCCCUUCCCUGCAGGUUCUCAGAGGUCAUGGCCAGUAGAACAGGAAGCAGUCCCUGGAUGGAUGGAAGCAACUCAUGGAGCAAGAUGACAGGCAAGCCUCAGUGCCUCCAUCCGGCAUGCUGCUUAACAGCCACAUCUCUGGUGACAGCAUGGGAAAGACCCGGUUCUAAUUAAGCAUCGUCACCCAUCACCCUUUCCGGAGGACAGUGGCAAAGACAUCGUGCCUCUGUCCCGCACUGUGACCCUUCCUCCGAGGUCCUCACCCCCGAGAGUCCCUGCACUGUCACCAAGAUUAAUUACCCCUCAACCCCUUUGGAUGGGAAAGGAAGUCAUUUUAUUAAGUUUGAUUAAAGCUUCAAGAGACAUUGUUGGCUGUUUCAGGACUGCUGACAAAGCAUCCUACUUAUUUCCUGAAAAGACAAAUUAUAUGCAAGAAGGGCCAAGCCCCGCAGAGGGGUCCUCUUAGCCUCAGACCAUCACAGGGUGAUGUCCCGCACACAGGCGUGGCCAUCGCCCGGCGGGAGUGAAGUCGGCCCUAGCAGGCCUGGAGGCCCCCCUGGGAAUCCCUGCCUCACCUUGUGACCGAGCCUCCGUCUCCGGGACUUUUCUUCCAAAUCCCCCCUGGACCAGGCGUGAUUUCCUCCAGCCCAGCCAGCCCCGGGAGGCGCCCGUCGGACGGCAGAAAUGGUGACCAUGAGAAAGAGGACUCUCAAAGUGCUCACCCUCCUCGUCCUCUUCAUCUUCCUCACCUCCUUCUUCCUGAACUACUCCCACACCAUGGUGACCACCACCUGGUUUCCCAAGCAGAUGGUCGUCGAGCUCUCGGAGAACUUCAAAAAGUUCAUUAAAUACACGCACAGGCCUUGCACCUGCGCCCACUGCAUCAGCCAGCAGAAGGUGUCGGCCUGGUUCGACGAGAGGUUCAACCGGUCCAUGCAGCCGCUGCUGAACAUGCAGAACGCGUUCUUGGAGAAGGACACAUACAGGUGGUGGCUGAGGCUCCAGCGGGAGAAGCAACCCAAUAACCUGAACGAUACCAUCAGGGAGCUGUUCCAGGUGGUGCCCGGGAAUGUGGACCCCCUGCUGGAGAAGAGGUCGGUGGGCUGCCGGCGAUGUGCUGUGGUGGGCAACUCCGGCAACCUGAGGGAGUCCUGGUAUGGGCCUCAGAUCGACAGGCACGACUUCGUGCUGAGGAUGAACAAGGCCCCCACGGCGGGCUUUGAGAUGGACGUCGGGAGCAAGACCACGCACCAUCUGGUGUACCCCGAGAGCUUCAGGGAGCUGGCGGAGAACGUCAGCAUGGUCCUGGUCCCCUUCAAGACCACCGACCUGGAGUGGGUGGUCAGUGCCACCUCCACGGGCACGAUCUCUCACACCUAUGUUCCUGUCCCCGCAAAGAUCAAAGUGAAAAAGAAUAAGAUCCUGAUCUACCACCCGGCCUUCAUCAAGUACGUCUUCGACAGCUGGCUGCAGGGCCACGGGCGGUACCCAUCCACAGGCAUCCUUUCCAUCAUCUUCUCGCUACACAUCUGCGAUGAGGUGGACUUGUAUGGCUUCGGGGCAGACAGUAAGGGGAACUGGCAUCACUAUUGGGAGAACAACCCAUCGGCGGGGGCUUUUCGCAAGACCGGGGUGCACGAUGGAGACUUUGAGUCCAACGUGACGGCCACCUUGGCGUCCAUCAAUAAAAUCCGGAUAUUUAAGGGGAGAUGACGCUGCCAAGGAGCCCCAGAGCCCGCCUGUCCGUGGCCAGCCCCAGCCUCUCGCUGGAGCUGUUCUGACCCGGGAACUUUGAGGGCCGGUCUCGGGGGUGUGUUCAGGUGCCCCUCGCGGCCUCUUGCACCCCAGCAUUUGGCAGCAUCUACUCAGCAGGGCUUCCAAGCCCUGCCGGCUCUGCAGAGCGAGUGUCAGAACUGGCCUUGGAUGGGGAGACCCCCCUCAGUGCUGUCCUGCAGCUGGGGGAAGGUGGGGAGAUGCGGGGGAGAUCCAGUCUCCAAACGCUGGAAUCAUUUUGGCUUCUGGGGAGGGGGCAGAUACUGAAGACUCUGUGUUCCCAAGUGAAGGACAGUUUCUCAGGGAGGAUGGGCAGAGACCUUCCUUUUCCCCGGGGGUCCGGGGCUGCUGACUCCCAGACUCUGACUCUUGCUGGGAUCUUUCUGAGUGAGGAGGACUUCAGGACAGAGCCCCUUUGGACCACGUGGACACCGGGGCGAGAUGGCACCUAUCUUUGCACGCUGCCUGGCCCCUCCCUCACUUGGCAUGACAACCCGCCCCCCACCCCUCUGUCUUCCCAAAGCUCAUUUCUGGUGGCCAGGAAAGGCUCCCCAGCCCGAAGGUCUUCAUAGACACUUGGCAAAGAAUUUUGGACUCCAGCGGAUGUCUUCUUCCCAAGCUGAUGUCUCCUUGAGUCAUCGAUGUUGGUGGCGAUCAUUACGGCUGAGAGCAGAUCUGACUACUUCCAUGUGCCUUUGUGUUUGGGGGAGAAAUGUGUGCAUUGGCUGAAAUAAGGCAAAAGCCUUGACUCGGGAAUGGGGGGGACCCCCGGCAUCAUACCCCCUUGCUCUAGAGCUGGGGACAUCUUUUCUAGCUUCCUGAGGCAGUGCCUGAGCUGGGACAAAGCUAGGAUGAUACUCAACGCUGUCCAGAGGCGCAUCAGCUGGGGAACGUCACUCUCAUGUUCACAGACUAUUGGAUUUGGUGCCCAUGACCUUCCAAGGCCACACCCAGAACCUCCACCAGCCAGCACUUUCUCCAGGAGCCCACGCUCUGGGCCAAGUCCCUACUGGCCACCGGCACAGUGUCCUGGGGGCUGCAGGGCCAUCCCAGGAACAUGACCUUCAGAGCGGGAGAAGACAUACCUCAUCCUCUCUCUCCCAGGCUGCUCUGAUUCAUCCUCAUCAGCCUACCUGAUUAUUUAUUGAUUGAUUGAUUGAUUUUUUUUU